AUGUUGGUCAGCCAGCUGCUCCUGCUCGUCUACAUCUUUACAUUCCUCCUCGGACUUCCUGCCAACGUCCUCGCCUUCUGCACUUUCUGUCGCAAGGUCCGCCGUAAACCUGCUCCCAUCGACAUCCUUCUGCUCAACCUUACGAUCUCCGACCUCAUCUUCCUCGCCUUCUUACCUUUCAAGAUGAAGGAGGCUUUUGACAACAUGAUAUGGACUUUACCCGACUUCUUGUGUCCCCUCAGCAGUUUCAUGUUCUUCUCUACAAUAUAUACCAGCACCUUUUUUCUGACGGCAGUAAGCGUGGAGCGCUACCUGGGAGUUGCUUUCCCGUUCCGAUACUCGUUGAACCGCCGGCCACGCUAUGCUGUGAUAGCUAGCAUGUUCUUCUGGCUUGUGGGCACCAUGAACCUGAGCAUUGUCUAUAUCGUCCCGUUGAUCCCUUCGAGCAGCGGGGAUGACCGCAGCCUUGAAACAAACGACACCGUGCAUCAGCCCUCGGGACAAAAGUGCUACAGCAACUUCACCAUGGAGCAGUUGGACAUUCUGCUCCCGGUCCGCCUGGAGCUCUUCCUGGUGCUCUUCUGCGUCCCAUUCCUCAUCUGCUGUUUCUGCUACAUCAACUUCAUUCGGAUCCUGUCGAGGUUACCGCAUAUUGGCCGACGUCGCAAGCUGAGGGCUAUCGGACUUGCCAUGGGGACGCUAGUAGUGUUUGCUGUAUGCUUUGGACCAUACAAUGUCUCCCACGCAGUCGGUUUUGUCCUUAAGGAGGACGAGGACUGGCGUGAGCUGGCUUUGAUCUCCAGCACCCUAAACACUUGUCUGGACCCCAUAAUUUUCUACUUCUCCUCAGCAGCAGUAAGGAGCACGAUCAGUGGUUUUAUAAAAGGAGUCAGGGAGAAAGUUCACGUCUUAAGAUGCAAGAAGUUUCAGUGUUGCACCUUUCUGGUCCCCACUACUGAGAAAUACAGAGAAACAUAUCCACCUGACAACUUAAGAUGCACUUAG